AUGGACAUGGGCUCUUUCCACAUCGACACGGGUGGGUUGAAUAACUGGAGUCUGGAGGGAACCAUAGACUCCCAAUCUCUUCCUUCCCCCAACCCGCUCAAAACCCUAGCCCAACACCACAGGGUCGCCGACGCUCGCCCGGCCGCCGCCACUGCCGCCGCCGGGGACGAUGGCGAAGCCUCGGCGUGGCCGCUCCGCGUCUCGCUCCUCCUCGGGCUCUUCCUCCCGCUCGCCGUCCCACUCCGUCUCCUCCGGCUCCAUCUCGUCCCGCUCCCGGUCGCGCUCCCGUUCCUUCUUGUCAUCGUCCUCGCAGGCCCGGAGCUGCUCCCCUCCUCCGGCUAA